UUCCACCACCACUUUGUAUUGUAUACUCUCCAGUUUCCAACAAAACUCAAAAUUCGUAACAACAAUAAAAAAACUAACCGGCACCUCCCUAUGCUAUAAAUUAGUAAUUACCCAACCUUCUUCCACCCACACCCAUCUCAAAUUCAACAACCUACCUAACAAAUUCCAAUAUCCUACUAUCACAUUCUCAACUUAUUCAUUUUUCUGUAGCUUUUUCUUGCAUCCUAUUACUACUUCUCUCAAAUUCGUUCAUCCUUUGCCUGCUAACAUGACUAUUACGGUCGUGCCUACGCUCAAGGACGACUGCCUUAUGAUCAGAGGCAACGUGAUUCUUACACGUGUCCCCGAAAACAUCGUCGUUUCUCCUAUUUCAACGGCCUCCGCUUUUUUAAGUGCAAGUGCAACUUCUCCUAUUUCAAGUUCCCGUCACGUUUUCACUCUCGGCACUCUCCGGGGAUAUAGAUUGUUAUGUUUAUUUAGAGUGAAAAUAUGGUGGAUGAUACCACGUGUUGGGACAUCUGCAAGUGAUGUUCCAAUGGAAACUCAAUUGCUGCUACUGGAAGCAAGAGAAGAGUCUGCUCUCAAGGAAGAUUUUUCUUCUGAUACUGAAGAGACAGAAGAAGUGAACACUUCCUACAUUCUCUUCUUGCCUGUAUUAGAUGGAGCAUUUCGCUCAACUUUGCAAGGAACUGCAUUAAACGAGCUCCAAUUAUGCGUUGAAAGUGGAGAUGCCUACGUUCAAACUUCUCAAUCACUCGAGGCAGUAUUUGUAAAUUCCGGGGACAAUCCAUUUGACCUAAUAAGGGAUUCUAUCAAGAUAUUGGAGAAACAUAGCGGAACGUUCUGUCAUCUUGAAAACAAGGAGAUUCCUGUACAUCUUGAUUGGUUUGGAUGGUGUACUUGGGAUGCCUUUUACACUCAAGUAAAUCCAAAAGGAAUUAAAGAGGGAAUUCAAAGUCUCUCCAGUGGAGGUUUUACACCAAAGUUUAUCAUAAUUGAUGAUGGAUGGCAAGAGACUCUCAAUGAGUUUCACAAAGAAGGUGAAUCAAUAAUCGAAGGAACCCAGUUUGCUACAAGACUGAUAGACAUCAACGAAAAUGUUAAGUUCAGAAGUGCAGGCUCCAACAAUUCUUGCAUCAAUCUCCACGAUUUCGUUCACUCUAUCAAACAGAAUUUGAGUGUGAAAUACGUUUACAUGUGGCAUGCUUUAGCUGGUUAUUGGGGAGGAGUACUUGCAUCUUCUGAUGCGAUGAAGAAAUAUAAUCCAAAGCUUGUAUAUCCAAUUCAGUCACCUAGUAUCACAGGGAACCUUAGAGAUAUAGCCAUGGAUAGCUUGGAAAAAUAUGGAGUUGGAAUCAUAGACCCAUCAAAGUUAUAUGACUUUUACAAUGACUAUCACAGUUAUCUUGCUAGCUGCGGCGUCGAUGGAGUCAAAGUAGAUGUCCAAAAUUUGAUAGAAACUUUGGGUUCUGGGUACGGUGGACGUGUUUCAUUGACCAAACGGUAUCAAGAAGCAUUAGAGACAUCAGUAGCUAGGAACUUCAAGGAUAAUAACCUCAUUUGCUGCAUGGCUCAUAACUCUGAUUCAAUUUACAGUUCAAAGAAGAGUGCAGUAGCAAGAGCAUCUGAGGAUUUCAUGCCAAGGGAACCAACAUUUCAAACCUUGCACAUUGCGUCGGUAUCUUUUAACAGUCUUCUUCUAGGAGAGAUAUUUGUGACAGACUGGGACAUGUUCCAAAGCAAGCACGAGACAGCUGAGUUCCAUGCUGCAGCAAGAGCAAUCGGUGGUUGUGCAGUAUAUGUCAGUGAUAAGCCUAGGAGUCAUGAUUUUAAAAUCCUAAGGAAGCUAGUACUACCUAAUGGAUCAGUCUUGCGGGCAAGAUAUGCUGGCCGUCCUACUCGAGAUUGUUUAUUUCAAGAUCCUGUAAUGGAUGGUAAAAGUCUGCUGAAAAUUUGGAACUUGAAUAAGCUUGCCGGGGUGAUAGGUGUCUUUAAUUGCCAAGGAUCAGGAAGCUGGCCAAUGAAACCAUUGGAAGCCACACCGACACACUUAACCAUUUCUGGAAAAAUUAGACCAAUUGAUGUUGAAUUUCUUGAAGAGGUUGCAGGUGAAAAUUGGAAUGGAGACUGCAUAUUAUAUGCCUUCAAUGCAGGCUUGCUUUCCAAGCUACCAAGUAGAGGAAAACUAGAAGUGUCCUUGGAGACUCUUCAAUGUGAAGUAUAUACAGUAUCUCCAAUUAGGGUAUUUGGUCAUGAUGUGCAAUUUGCACCAAUUGGAUUGCUUGAUAUGUACAAUUCAGGAGGAGCUGUAGAAGAACUGUCCUGCACAAUGAAUGUUGCAAAUUGCAUAAUAAAAAUCAGAGGCAGAGGAUAUGGCUGUUUUGGAGCCUACUCCAAUGUUAGACCGCAGUGUUGCUUGGUGGACAAGAAGGAGGAGGAGUUUUCCUACAACUCUGAAGAUGGAUUAUUGACAAUUAAACUUGAUGGUGACGGAAAUUUGAGGGACAUAGAAUUUGUAUUUUGAAGUAGCUGUGUUAACGCUAAAGUGAAAGUCUAUUCUUGCUCAGUGUUCUUUUUAGAUUACCUAACUCAUAUAGUAAGCAUAUAAAGGAAAAGAAUUUGCAACAUUCUUUGUACCAAAAA